AUGCAUUUUCGGGAAUUUGGUCAAAGAAAAGGACAACGUCAGCCACUUGGCAGCCAACACGAUUACCAUUCUAUUUUUCACGCAUUGCCUGUCCAAGUUCAUCUACUUUGCCGCCCGCUCCAAGCUGUUCUACAGAACCCUCGGUAUAUGGAACCAGGCCAAUAGCCACCCCAUCUUUUUGGAGUCGAGCAACCGGUACCAUGCGUUGGCGUUGAAGAAAAUGCGCAGUCUGCUCUACAUUAUCCUGUUUGGGACGAUUUUUUCCGCAAGCGCAUGGACUGCCAUAACGUUCGUGGGCGAAAGCGUGCAUUUCAUUAAGGACCCGGACAAUGACAAUGAAACCAUCACUGAAGAAAUUCCCCGACUACUGAUCAAGUCGUGGUACCCAUUUGACGCCAUGUCGGGCAUGACCUACUACGUCGCUUUGGUCUUUCAAAUAUACUACGUGUUUUUUUCGCUGUUUCAAGCCAACCUGUUGGACAACUUGUUCUGUUCGUGGCUGAUUUUCGCCUGCGAACAGUUGCAGCACCUGAAGGAGAUCAUGAAACCGUUGAUGGAACUGUCGGCCACUUUGGACACUUUCGUGCCGAAAAGCGCCGACUUAUUCAAAUCGCCCGGCAGCGCCACGUCACAAGACCACCUCAUCGAAAACGAUUUCAAUGCGAAAAACGAUGACCUGAAGGGCGUCUACAACAUCAGACAGGAGCUGGGGAAUUUGAAUUUCCGCAGCGGGGCGCUGCAGACGUUCGGCCAAGGUGGUGGGGGCGUAGGCCCGAACGGGCUCACGAAAAAACAGGAACUGAUGGUCCGAUCGGCCAUCAAGUACUGGGUGGAGCGUCACAAGCACGUCGUGAGGCUGGUGACCGCCAUUGGGGACGCCUAUGGAGUGGCCCUCUUGCUGCACAUGCUCACAGCCACCGUGAUGCUCACGCUGCUCGCCUACGAGGCCACCAAGAUCGAUGGGCUCAAUACGUACGCAGCGACCACUUUGGGCUACUUGCUCUACUCACUGGCGCAGGUGUUUCACUUCUGCAUUUUCGGCAACAGGCUGAUUGAAGAGAGUUCAUCGGUGAUGGAGGCGGCCUACAGCUGUCAUUGGUAUGACGGCUCCGAAGAGGCGAAAACCUUCGUCCAGAUCGUGUGUCAACAGUGUCAAAAGUCGCUGUUCAUAUCGGGCGCCAAGUUUUUCACAAUUUCCUUGGAUCUGUUCGCUUCGGUUCUCGGCGCCACCGUCACCUACUUCAUGGUGCUGGUGCAACUCAAGUAAACGCCCCUAGCUUAGAACCGUACAUACAAUGCAACAGUGUACAUAUAGAUAGAUUUUGUUAAUCUACCUAGUUUUAGUGCUGUUGAGCAGAUUCGUUUGCUCGAUCUGCGCAGUCUCAGUUGCACAAAUUCCUUAGCUGUUGUUGAAUCCUAGGCUAUAUGGCAACCCUGUACAAAGUAGUAUGGAAAUAAUGUGAAGAUUUAUGCCACUGUCAAGAAACAGUGGUUGCUCGGCCUGUUGGCAACCGCAAUUGUUUCAGCACAUUUCUCUCUAGCGAAGGCUUCACACUAAUUGGCAGCAAUGACUUUGUGAUAGUUGUCACCUAUGACUUUGCUAUUUGUUUACGUUCAGUGUUGCCAAACGUUGUUUUAAGUCAAACGAAUUAGGCAUUCUCAGUGUCUUACCAGUACGGGGGCGCAAUCAAUGAAUUUGUUAGAAAUUGCGCUCGUUUGCACUCUGUAGCUGACUGUGAGCUAAACAUAUUGAAUAAAUCAAAUAUUUAUAUAACGUUAAAUAAAUGCUUUCUUGUUAAAA